CAAACCCCCACACCCAACAUGCCAGAUCCCAACAUAGAAGACAUCCCAUACAGCGAGCUUUCGCAUGAAGAGAGAACAUAUCAUCGUGCUCAGAUUGUGGCGCUCACAAAAGCCGAAAUCCCAAAGGAGAAGAUCGAGGAGCAGUAUCUUGUCAAGAGAAGGACACUGGACGAUAUCACUAACCGUUGGUGGAAGACAGCCUCCUACCGCGACAGCCCUCGUUCUGGACGCCCUCAGAUCCUUUCCAAUCGCGAUAAGGACGAGCUCACCCGCAGUGUUCGCACUGGGAAGUACAACAACAACGCUGUGGAAGCUGCUGCUGCCUUCAAUUAUGGUCACCAAAGGGAUGUUUCAACAGAGACGCGAAGUGUGUUACAUAGAAGAGGAAACCGUUUCUGUCGGUUGCGGCUCGGGAAAGGCGUUACCAAUGGGCAAAGGAGCACUUGCACUGGAGGACGGAGGACUGGAUGCGGAUCAUCUACACCGACGAAUCGAAAUACCGGCGUUCUGGGCCAGGACAUGUUGCAAAAUAGGGAGAAUGAAUUCAUUCCUCGGAUGCAUUCUGGUGAAUUUCUACUUCUCAAGCUUCAGGAGUUCAGAGAAUCCCACAUCAAGCUCACAAUCCAACAUGACAACAAUGCCAAGUUUCACGUGCCCAACUGCAAAGAAUCCUACGAAAGGGAGGGAUACAGAGUCCUACCCUGGCCGGCAUACUCACCUGAUAUGAACCUCAUUGAGGACUUUUGAGACUUGUGGUGCCUGAUCUCCAGACGCCUGGAAAAGCGAGCUGCGGUUGCAAAUGACCUCGAUGAACUAUGGGAGUGGACAUUGGAGGAAUGG